AUGUCUGUCAAAUCUAGUGCCACUUUAUUCACCACCACCGGACCCAAUCCCAUUGAUUUGAUCCAUGUCAAUUCUACAACGUUGCCAGACCCUGUUGGUGAUCAAUUAUUGUUACGUGGAUUGGUAUCUUUUCUCAACCCAGCUGAUUUUGCAACAAUCCUAGGCACUUAUGGAACCAUUCCCAAGCCAACCACAUUGUAUUCCAAAGAUCCUGCUGCCAUUGUUGGAAACGAUGGCCUUUUUGAGGUAGUUGCAGUUGGGAAAGACGCAGCGUCCAAGUUUAAAAAGGGCGAUUGGGUCUUGCCCAACAUUGCGGCGUUUGGAACUUGGAGAAGUUAUGCUCUCGUGAAGGAAAGCUCAGUAACUUUGGCACCUAAAACAGAUGAUCCAAUUGUUUCUGCAGCUAUUUCCAUUAAUCCUACAACCGCAUACCAAAUGCUCAAGGCGUACGUUGAUCUUAAGCCUGGGGACUGGGUGGUCCAAAACGCUGCAAACUCGGCCGUAGGUAAGGCCGUCAUCCAACUAGCUCAUAUCUGGGGGAUUAAAACACUCAAUAUUGUUCGUGAUAGACCCAACAUUGGUGAGCUUGAAAAAGAACUCAAAAGUAUUGGAGCCACGGUUGUUAUCACUGAUAAGGAUGUGGCUGAUCCCAAGUUUGAUUCUGAAAAGUUGCCAAAGCUCAUAAACAAUGGCAAUGUGCGGCUCGGAUUUGAGUGUGUUGGUGGAGAGGAAGGUGCCUAUCCGUUGAAAUGUUUGUCUCAUGGUGGGACUCUUGUUAUUUAUGGGUCUAUGACAGGUAAGCCGGUGUCACUUGCUGUUGGUGGACUUAUUUUUAAAGACCUUACAAUCAGGAGUUAUUGGUUGACACCCCGACUUGAGUCGCAGCCUGAAUUUAAAGAAGAAGCAGUAAAGGCUAUUCUUGGGUAUAUCAAGUCAGGCAAAUUCAAAACAACUUCGGUACAGAAGCACAUUUUUAAAAUCAAUGGCACUGAAGCUGAACAGCUUGAAGCAGUUCGGGCUGCAUUCAAGGCUUAUUCCGCGGGUUUUGCUAAUAAAAAGCAAACUAUAGUGUUUGAGUAA